AUGGCUGCCGACGAGAGCCACGACGGGCCGCCGGCGAAGCGCCCGAACCUGACCGUCGACUCGUCGAGCGACGACGAGGCGCCCACGCCGACGGAGCUGGGCUUCGACGGCGACACGCACAAGUGCUCUUCGUGCCACGUCGUGAAGAAGGUUCCCGAGGACUUCGUGAAUCCCAAAACAAAACGCGUCGGCAAGACGUGCGCCGAGUGCAUCACGCGCGCGCGCUGGAACGUGAGCCCCGCACUCCCCGCGGCGAAGACGUCGGGCCGGACGCGUCGACGGCAAGCUGAGCCCGCAGAGAAACCCAAGUCCUCGUCGUCGAAGCUGCCGUGCCGCCGCGGGUGCGGCCGCUCCUUCAAGAACGCGGGUGCGCGCACGAAGCACGAGGCGGCGUGCGCGCACGGGCGCGACACGGAGGAGGCGGAAGAUGCGAACGACGACUUGAUUGGACAGAAGGUGAUCAACGUCUUUCCCGGCGCGGGAGGCUUCCGCAUGGGCUUCGUCCGCGAGCGGGUCCUCCCUGUGUGGAAAUCAACCUGUGUAUCGGCUGCGACCACGCCAUCAAGCAGGCGUCGCGUCGAUGGCAUGGAGGUCGACGCCGACUCGACGGCGCCGUGAAAUUUUGAUUUCUACACAGGUUCCUCCGCCGGCCGGCUCGGUGCGGAUCGGCAACUACAUGUGCGUCUGGCACGAUCACACGUUCACGGAGCACCAGGCCGGGAAGAUUCGAAACAAGCUGCUGCGGGAGUGGGAGUGGGCUGAGGUUCCUCCGGGCGAGAUAUCUCCGACUUUCCGAGAGCUCUACAAGGAACAUGUCGGCGACCGAUACGGCGACGCAGACGGCUCUUCGCGCGGACGCACCGUUGCAACGGCUCUGUUCGGGGAUCCCAACGCCCUAGUGUAA